GUCGCUGCGGCCCUCCCGCGGCGGCGCCGUGGCGGCUGCUGCUGCUGCUGCGGGCAAGGGGCCGGCGAAGGCGGCAAAGGCAGCAGCAGCUGCUGCUGCGGAGUUGGUGGACGCGAGCAGUCUGGAGGAGGGUCGCACGGUGUGCGGCUACGUGAAGCGCUGCGACGCCAAGGGGCUCUUCCUGGCGCUGGACCGGUACCGCGACGCGCGCAUCAAGCUGGGCAACCUGUCGGACGGCUUCAUCGAGGACCCCGCCGCCGCCUUCCCGCCCGGCAUGCGGCUGGAGGCGCGGGUGCUGAAGCGCGCGGAGGACGGCAGGCUGGAGCUCACGUUGCGCUCCACCUCCCGUCUGCCCUCCGCGGCGGGCGGCGCCGUGUCGCUUCGUGAGCUGCGGGCGGGGCAGCUGGUGGGCGGGCGGGUGCGGAGGGUGGAGAAGUUUGGUGUGUUUGUGGAGCUGGAGGGGGCGGGCGGGGCGCCGGUGGUGGGUCUGGCGCACAUCAGCGAGCUGGCGGACGGGCCGGUGCGCGACAUUGACGCGGCGUUCAAGGCGAAGCAGCAUGUUCGCGCGGUGGUGACCAAGGUGGAUGUGGAGGCCAAUCGGCUGUCACUGUCGCUCAAGCCCUCCGUGCUGCAAGCGGCGGAGGAGGCGGAGGCGGAGGCGGAGGCGGGCGGCAAGGCGCGCGGCACCAAGCGGCGGAAGGGGGCGGACAUUGACGAGGAGAUGGCUGAGGCGGCUGACGAGGAGGAUGAGGAGCAGGAGGACGGUGAGGAGGGCGAUGGUGCCUCUUCAGAAGACGGCGAGGGUGAGGAGGAGGAGGAGGAGGAGGAGGAGGAGGGCGGCAAGGGCGGCUCGCUGGACCCCGAUGUGGAUGUGGACGAUGUGGAUGUGUCGGAGGAGGAGGAGGAAGAAGAGGAUGGGGCGGCGGCUGGUGCGGAGAGCGACGAGGGCAGCGAGGGGGAGGAGGAGGAGGGCGAGGACGAGAAGGCCCCGCGGGCCCGGUCGCAACCAGCCAUGACCUCCACCGGCAACCUGGACCUCACCGCCCCCUGGGGUGAGCUCCUGCUAGCCGACGACCCACGGGUCACUUCCGGCGCCGGCGGCGCCGGCACGUCCGACGCCUCCGCUGACGCCGACGGCUCUCGCAGCAAGCUGUCCAAGGGCCAGAAGAAGCGCCUCAAGGAGCAGCACGAGCGGGAGAUCCGGGAGGCUGAGCUGGCUCGGUUGUCCGGCUCUGCGGCGCCCACCAGUGUUGCGGAUUACGAGCGGCUGGCGCUGAGCAGCCCCAACAGCAGCUUCGUGUGGAUCAAGUACAUGGCGCUGCACAUCAGCCUGGGGGAUGUGGACGCGGCCAGGAAGGUGGCGCAGCGGGCGCUGGACACCAUCAACUACCGCGAGGAGGGCGAGAAGUUCAAUGUCUGGGUCGCCUGGCUCAACCUGGAAAACGCCUACGGCACCGCCCCCGGCGCCUCCUCCACCCCUGGCGGCAGCGAGGAGGGCGGCGGAGCGGCCAUGGAGCUGCUGCGGCGCGCGCUGCAGUACACCGACCCCAAGAAGAUGUACCUGGCGGCGCUGGGCAUCUUUGAGCGCAGCGGGCGGGAGGAGCUGGCGGAGCAGCUGGUGCGCACGCUGACCAAGAAGCACGGCGGCAGCGUCAAGGUGUGGGGCCGAGCCAUCGAGCGGGCGCUGCAGAAGGGCGACGGAGAGUCCGCGCGCAAGCUGCUGGAGCGGUCGCUGCAGUCGCUGCCGGCGCGCAAGCACGUCAAGGCGCUGGUGCGCACCGCACUGGCGGAGUUCCGUCUGGGCAGCGCGGAGCGGGGGCGCGGCAUCCUGGAGGGGGUGCUGCGGAACUACCCCAAGCGGCUCGACCUGUGGAACGUGUACAUCGACCAGGAGCUCAAGACGGGCGAGCAGGCGCGCAUCCGUGCGUUGUUCGAGCGCGCCACGCACCUGCCGCUGCCGCCCAAGAAGAUGAAGUUCCUGUUCCGGCGCUACUUGGAGUACGAGAAGCAGGAGGGCGACGCGGCGGCGGUGGAGCACGUGAAGCGGCGGGCCAUGGAGUUCGUGGAGAGUGCCAUCAAGGCGUGAGGCGGCGAGGCAUAAGGAAGGAAAUAAGGAGACAAGUGAAGUGGGAAGGGGUUUUGUCUCGGGAGCAGGAUGAGUCUUUGUGUGGGGACUGGGUAACUAUGGGUUGCCGGCGGUUGGUCAUGAGGCGCGUGCGGCUGCUCGAAUUGGUUUGAAGCCGCAUGCAGUCACCCAUGUGCUGUGAGGCACUGCUGUGGGGACAGUAUAGUGAAAGGGGAUGUGUUAACACGCAGCUUGUGUUGGAGGUUCUGGUUAGACGAUGUUCAGGAGUGUUGAGGUUGUGAAGGAGGGGUCUGGUUGGCUCCAGGGUUGGUAGAAAGUAAAGGCUUGGGCGGAUGUAGCGGUAAUCUGAGAUAGAACUGGCGUUAAAAGAUGCGGGUGGCCUGGCCCUUUACAGGAUCCGGCGUUUGGUCGCUGUUUGUUGCCGCAGCACCAUCGUAUGCCUGGAAAGGAGUGAAACGGGUGUAAAAGCUGAUGGCUGAUUGUAACUAUCCUCUGCCUA